UGAUUCAUCAAAUCAUCAUACAACCUCAGUCAGUGUCGGCUGGUCCACCGUUGGCUGAGCAUUGUGGAUACCUGAAGGCUGUUAGUGUCGUAAAUUUUCAAUUUGUGGGGAAUUAAAAAGUUUGAAGAGAUGCUAAUCGCAAAAUCGUGGUCCCGCACCGAGAUCUUCUACUGGCUGCUACCCUACCUACUCCUGAUCGCCGCUGUUGCCCUAGUACUCUUCUUAAUCGUGGUCUACGCUUUGCACCUGUACGCUAAGUACUCUUGCGGGAUGUACGCUGAGGAGACCAGGAUGGAGGGCAAGACGGUGGUGGUAACGGGCUGCACCAGCGGCAUUGGCAAGGAGACUGCGAAGGAGCUGGCGAAAAGAGGCGCCAGGGUGGUGAUGGCGUGCCGGAAUAUGGAGGCGGCGGAGAAAAUUAAAGACGAAAUAAUCGACAGCACAAAGAACAAUAAGGUCUUCGUCAAGAAGCUCGACCUCACCUCCUUCGCGUCCAUCCGUGAGUUCGCCGCUGACGUCAUCAAGACGGAACCACGACUCGACGUGCUGAUCCACAACGCCGGCUACGCAGAGACCUUCCUCAAGGGAGUCACUAUGGACGGGCUGGAAAUGACCAUGCAAACCAACCACUACGGACCUUUUCUCCUGACCCAUCUCCUCAUAGACUUGCUGAAGAAAAGCGCUCCAUCAAGGAUUGUCGUCGUCGCAUCUUCACUGUAUCGUUUAGCGUCCGUCAACCUUGAAAACCCUAACCCUCUGACGUCAUUGCCGGCGUAUGUGUACUACCAGUCGAAAGAGGCCAAUAUCCUCUUCACGCGCGAGCUAGCGAGACGCUUGGAAGGCACUGGGGUAACUGCCAACUGUCUGCACCCAGGGUUGAUCGACACUGGUAUCUGGAGAAGCGUCCCCGCGCCUUUAAGCUGGGGUCUGUCGCUAAUAAACAAGAUGUUCUUCAAAACCCCGGAACAGGGUUGUCAGACGACGGUCAUGUUGGCAGUGGAUGAGAAGUUGGAGACUGUGACUGGGAAGUACUUCUCUGACUGUCAGGAGAGUACGGUGUCAGCGUCAGUAGCCGAGCCGGGUAGAGCCAGGAAACUGUGGGAGAUCUCUGAAGGCAUCGCAAAGUUGGAAAUCACUGACCCUAAAAUCUGAUAAGCUAUGUUUUGUUUUAAGUACAAAUUAUGUUUAUGCCAUUAUCUCCAUGUAUACUUUCAGUAUUUAAUCUGUAUAUUUGGUUGAUGUUUGUAAUUUUAAGUUGUUUUUUAUUAAAUUUUUAUAUUAAAAUUA